AUGGGUACAAUUACAGAAUUUUUCCGUCAACAUCGUUAUUGUAUAUCACAAAAACGUAUCGAUGAAUUUUCAAAUGAUCUUGAAAAUCUUCUUCUACGUCUUUAUACAAAAAAAUUAUCACGAAAAUUAUCUCUACGUGCUAAACGUGAACAUAAAUUAAUUAUGAGUAUUCGUCGUUAUUUACGCAAAUAUCAACAAGUGAUUUUACGACGAACAGAUAAAAGUAAAGUAUUUCAUUUAGGUGAUGCACAUGAUUAUCAAAGAAAAGUACUUGAAUAUAUGCAAGAAACAGAAGCAUAUGAAGAAAUUAUAUCGGGUGUUUCACCAUUAUCAGCCAAUUUGCAACAAGUUACUGUAUUACUUAAUCAAUUGUACCAUGCUGAAAAACCCUUAAUAACUAAAAAGCAAUAUGAAGCAAUGUAUCCAAAAGAAAAUGAAACUGAAUUGACCCAUCUGUAUUUUAUACCAAAAUCACAUAAAAUUGGUACACCAUUACGACCGAUCGUAGCUGGAAUUCAUGCCCCAGCUAUAUUAAUAUCCAAAUAUCUUGAUGAUUCACUUCGUUCUGUUUUUAAUCGUGUUGCACGAAGAAGAAUCUAUAUCAAUAGUUUAGAUCUUAUGAAACAAUUAGAAAACUAUGAAAGACAAGGUCAUCUAUUGUCAACUACAAAAUUUAUUACGGCUGAUGUAAAAAAUCUUUAUACAAUGAUACCCAAAGGUGGCGCAUUAGAUGCUUUAUAUCGAUUUUGUGUUAAACAUGGAAAAAAUGGCAAAAUUGGCAAUUUAUAUGUCAAUACCAUUAUUCCAUUGGCAUGUCUUGUAUUAGAUACCAAUUGUUUUGUAUUUGAUAAUAAAUAUUAUAAACAAAUUCGUGGCGGGGCGAUGGGCUCACCAUUUACAAUGACAUUAGCUAAUAUCUAUAUGUAUGAAUGGGAACAAUCAUUACAUCAACAUCAACAACAACGAAAUCAACUCUAUGGCCAGUAUAUCGAUGACAUAUUUAUGACGUCAAAUGAACCUGUUGAAAAUAUUAAAGCAUUACUUGAUCGAGAAAAUGCAAAAGAUCCAAAUAUUCGUAUUACUUAUACCAUUCAUGACUCUGUUGAAUUUCUUGAUGUCCUAAUCGAAAAUAUUCAAGGACAAUUAAAAACAUUAGUUUUUCGUAAACCAGCUGCCGAACCAUACAUUGUACCUAUACGUAUUCAACUUUGUUCAGACGUAGAAACAUUCGACCAAGAACGAUUAAAUAUUGAAAUAGCCCUACUCUUAAAUGGAUAUCCACUAAAUUUUAUCAAACGUCAUUUAAAACAAUGCUUUAAAAAUCAUAAUGUUAUGUCAAUCUAUCAAGAUUUACAUGCAAAAACCUAUAAAAAACUACAUCUACAACUACUUGAUGAAUCAUUAACCUAUCAUACAGGAUCAAAUCCACCAGAAGAACAACAACAAAAACAAUAUGCACAAACCAACCAACAAUGUCAAACAACCACAUCGAAAAAACAACCAGACAUCAUUAUACAUUACCAAUAUGAAAGUGGCCCAGUAAAAACUUUCAAUUCAGAAUUCCGAAAAAUUUGGAAAAAACAUUUCUGUUACCCAACAUCAUCACUUAAUAAUGUUCGACUCAUCCUCGAUACUAGAAUCAAUAAAACAAUCGAAGACUUACGAGUCAACAAGAAACCACCUCGGAAUCUACUCCGGAAUCUCGAUUGCAACUCAACAUGA